CUCUCUCCUUCCACGUUUCCCUCGCACUAAGCACCCUUCCCCCCUUUCCCCCCUCUCUCCUUCCACGUUUCCCUCGCACUAAGCACCCUUUCCAGUAUUACACCAGUAUCUUCUUGACAAGCUGCUAUAAAGGGCUUAGCAAACAAGAUUAGAGAACAAAAUCUCACUCAAUGGGCCAUCUGCCUAGCUGAGCCUGAGCCCUGACCGGGAGCUGUUCCGUAGCACCAUGGAACACACCUUCCUCAGCCGACAUAAGCAAGGAGGAGAGAAUCACUUCAGAAUGACUGGUUAAAAAAACAUAUACAUUUUCUGGAUUCUGAACUAUGCAAACUCAUAAGGAGGGCCUAACAUUGUUGUGUGAUUCCAAAGGAAGUACCUGUCGUGUCAACGUGACCCCUUUUCAACCCUUCGGAGUUAAAACCACUACGGAUUUAAGAUGUCGGACUCUUCAUUGAAAUGCCUUUUGUGUACACUUUCGUUCAUCUUAGCGUUUGAACUCUUGGGAGUAAGAACAGACGCUGCAUCUGGGGAAGGACGUCUUCUUCCUGACGGACAGGAUCUAUAUUACAAAACAGUUAGAAUAUCACCUAUUCUAUCGGUUCUUCAAAGCAUAGUUCAUUCACCUCUCCUCAAGGUCUCACACAAGGACCAUGGCGCUAUCCUCCGGCAGAAGCGCAACGUGCUUUUCCCCAGCGGGGUCAAACUUUGUGCUGAAGAGAGCGUGCAACAAUCCAUUGCAAAUCACCUCAGCUACUUUCACCUGCGAGUGUGUCAGGAGACGGUGUGGGAGGCCUUCAAGAUCUUCUGGGACCGCCUCCCAAACCAGGAAGAGUACCAAACCUGGAUGAGCCAAUGCCUGGACGGCACAGCCACCGCUCUGGCGAUGGGCAAAAACUUUAGCCAAUCAAAGGAGCACCUGGCCCUGGUUGAGAGUAGAAUGUUGCUGACAGGGUCAACAAGUGAGCCCAACAACUCAUGGCUACAUAUGUGCAGCACCUCAACUCCAGCCACAGAACAGGAGGCUCAAGGAGAGCUCAUCAUAGAAGGGGCAGAGGUGGAGCUUCCCACAGAACCCACCAAUGACAUAGAGAUGGAAGUGUUGGAGUGGCCUACUCGGGCCCAUUUGGAGCAGGUGGUUGAGCUGAGUAUCUUGCUGAAGGGAGAGAGGUACAGCGAUGCUCUUAGAGACACUGCCAGCUUCCAGUACCAGACACUCAACCAGCAGUUCAUUGACAAGAUAGAAGAUGCUCUGGGGGGACUGCCAGGCUUGAAGAGUGUGACUGUGCUGGAGUUCAGGUUUCAGAAGGAUGCCCAAGGGUUGGAUGGCGUAGUGGUGGUCUAUGCGGUGACGGUGGAGGUGGAAGGGGAGGGGGUGAGCAGUGAGCAGUUGGACUACCUGACCCUGCAGUCCAACCUGGUGGAGAACUCCUACAGAGAGCUGAAGGAGAGGCCCACAGUGGUCUACAACAUCACUGACUUCAGGAACAACAUCACUGAGGCCCUGCUAAAUGACAACAUCAUCAGAGACACAACCCUGGCCCUGGACCCUGACUUACUGCAACUAGAGAGUGUGUCUAGUGUUCCUGAGUCCAUCGAGUCUACGGCUGGAAUUACCAAGGAUGACUGCUUGGAGGAAAUCUUGGCUACUGAGAUGACCCCAGAUGCCUCUGAGGUUAAAGCUGAGGAUGUGGUGAUGGGGGAGAAUGAUGUCAUUGUUCUGGCAGAGAGCGUGACCCUCCCCCCUGAGCCAGAGGUGACCAUCGAUGACACGGGGAUGGAGGAGGAGGGUCUGCUGUUGGGGAACACUGUGGCUACAGAGAGCCCUCCCCCGGAGCUCCUCCCUGCAGACCCUGUCUCCCCCGAGCAGCCAGAGGGCAGUACGCUCCCCAAGCCUCCUCUGGAGAUAGAGCCCUCUGGGUCAGGUGUUGACAGACUUGAGGACCUGCCCUUCCAGCCCGAGGAAGAAGAAGAGCCAGCCUCAGCUGCAGAAGAGGAAUAUACCAUAGAAGAAGAGGUCGUUUUGGAAGAGGUGAUCAUAGAGGAAGAGAUCUUAACAGAGGAAGCAGAAUCGAAGGUCCCCCCUGAGGAAGAGCAGGAAGAGGAGGAAGCAGUGGAGGUCUCUGAGGAAGAGGUGGUAGAGGAGGAAGCAGUGGAGGUCCCUGAGGAAGAGGAGGAAGAGGAGGAAGUAGUGGAGGUCUCUGAUACUGCAGAGGUUCUAGAAGAAGAAGCUGAACCCUCAGAAAACCUUGAGUAUAACAUCCUAGAGACAGAGACCAAAGAAGAGUUGGAGGAAGUGAACCCUGCCUUUGUCCCUGUGGAAACGAUGGAAGAUCCCGAGCCAGCGGAGAGUCUUAAUGUCCCCGAGAAUGCCAUGGAGACUGUACCCCCAGAUGAGCCUGAAGAAGAGGCUAACGAGGUGUUGGGACCAAUCAUUGAGGAGCCAGUAACUGGAGAGGAUGCCUUGGAGGUGGAGGAAGAGGUGGCAAAAGAAGAAGUGGUGAUGGAACUUCUGGACAUGACUGAGACCUCAGUGGAGGACCUGGUAGAAGAGGAGAUUAUGUUGGUCGACGAGGCUGUUCCAGAGGCCGCUUACCCUACCACUCUUUCUGCAGAGAAGGAGUCGCCCUUCACCCAAGUCUCUGAUGCCAUAGUAGAAGAAGAGGCAACAGAGGCCACGGGCCUAGACGCAGCCCCAGAACCGGAGGCAGAAGCAAAGGACCAGGGGGUCACCCCAGCUCUCACACCUGCCAAGAAAUACCCUGGCCCAGACAUUUCCAUCACUCUGGAGCUGCAGACGAUCGACCCUGUGACAGACUAUGACCUGGUCCCCUUCGGUGGCACCAACCAAACAGAGGAGGGAAGCAGCGGGUACCCCUCUGGAGGGGUACAUGGUGUGGACCACAGCGUUGCCAUGCCAAUCAACCCUGGGCGGGCGCUGAUGGUGUUCUUCAGUCUGAGGGUAACCAACAUGAAGUUCUCAGAUGACCUCUUCAAUAAGAGCUCCCCGGAAUACAAGGCCCUGGAACAAAGGUUCAUAGAGCUGCUGCUCCCCUACCUCCAGUCCAACCUUAGUAACUUCCAGAACCUGGAGAUCCUGAACUUCCGGAACGGGAGUAUUGUGGUCAACAGCCGGAUGAAGUUCGGGAAGCCGGUGCCUCGCGGCGUCAACAACGCAGUCUACCUGAUCCUGGAAGACUUCGCUAACACAGCCUACAAGACCAUGAACCUGGCCAUCGACAAGUACUCACUGGAUGUAGAGUCAGGUGACCAGGCGAACCAGUGUAAGUUCCAGGCGUGUAAUGAGUUUGCACAGUGUUCUGUGAACCGCUGGUCCGGCGAGGCGGAGUGUGUGUGUAACGCUGGGUACUUCAGUGUGGACGGACUGCCCUGUCAGAGCAUCUGUGACCUACAGACAGACUUCUGUAUGAAUGACGGGAAGUGUGACAUCAUACCUGGACAGGGGGCCAUCUGCAGAUGUCGUGUAGGGGAGAACUGGUGGUACCGUGGAGAACACUGUGAGGAGUACGUGUCAGAACCGCUGGUGGUCGGCAUAGCGAUUGCCUCCGUAGCCGGUUUCCUAUUGGUGGCUUCCGGUGUGAUCUUCUUCCUGGCAAGGACACUACGGGAUCAGUACGAUAAGGAUGAGACAGAAGACCCCUUACGGCGAGGGGAGAGUAUCCCGUCUCUAGAGAGGGCCACUAAGUACAACCCCAUGUAUGAGAGUGAGGCUACGACGGGCUAUAGCCACUACUACCGCCGCUAUCCAGAAGCCCCGGUCUACAGCAGCGCCAGCGCCGAGGCCUCCACAGACUUCAGCAGCGAGGAGAUACGCCACAUCUACGAGAACAGCGAACUGACCAAGGAGGAAAUCCAGGACAGGAUACGCAUCAUCGAGCUCUACGCGAAGGACCGGCAGUUUGCAGACUUUGUGCGGCAGCAUCAAACUGCCCUGGAUACACGCAGAGAGAGCGCUCUUGAUACACACAGAGAGAGUGUGUCCACGUAGACCUGUACGGGACUCUCAGCUGUAUGCUGUGAAAAACGGGGUGCCCUAUUCUCUUGUCCCGCCCUUCUUCCUCUUUUCUCAGUGUCUUUUCUUGAUUGGGUGAGCUCUGCUGGAAUGGGUGUGGUGGCUGGGGGCAGAUCCGCUGCUCAUUGGAUGUCUUCCUUUUGGGGGAAGACCCGUCUCCCUCCAUUUGGAAUCAUAUUUGUUGCCUGAAAUGAUGACAUACGAAAUGCAAUGCUGUCUAGGAUACCUGUUCUUCAGGUAGCAGAUAAGACAUGAUACAGUCUUUCCUUUUGCAUUUAACGUCAUAUCUCAGCUCGUAGGGGUUGAGGAAAGUGUGGAUGUUGGAUGUGUACUUUAACGUGUCAUUGUCACUAUCUGCUGUUGUACAUAUUAUGUAUGAACUAGAGCCAGUUCUCAAAGGAAUGGUUUAUACCAGGGGUGCAUAGCUCAGGCCUUUAGGUAACUCAGGCCUUUAGGUAACUCAGGCCUUUAGGUAACUCAGGCCUUUAGGUAACUCAGGCCUUUAGGUAACUCAGGCCUUUAGGUAACUCAGGCCUUUAGGUAACUCAGGCCUUCAGGUAACUCAGGCCUUCAGGUAACUCAGGCCUUCAGGUAACUCAGGCCUUCAGGUAAUUCAGGUCCUCUGCAGGGACUAAAACCAGCCGACAUUGUUGCCCUCUGGACCAGAGCUGUGUGCCCUUGUUCUAUACCCAGCUGUAGGUUGUGGGAGAUUGAGAGCAGCUGACUGGCCAGUGUCUGUGCUAUCCUUGGUGCUAUGGGGCUUGUCUCUGUUGUCUGGGUUUCUGGCCAGUAGUAAGCCUGGGUAGUGUUCUCCUGAAGUUGGGCAGAAACUUGCUGGAUUCACUUUGUUGGCAAAUCUCAAGUCUCAGCCCUGUAUGGCACUGGUGAGAAGUAGUGCACUUUAUUUCAGGAAAAGUGGAACAUGUAGGGUAAAUCUUCCAUUUUAAUUAUGCUGCAAUAAAUUCCCUUCUUUCUCUCCCUUUCUCUCUCACUCUACAUCAGGAAUCAGUUUGUUUUCGGUAGAAAUAAAAUGUUACGAGAGGGAGGGAGAUGGUGAGCGCGAUUAGAGAGAGUCAAGGAGAGAGAGGGGAGAGAUCGAGAGGAAAGAGAGGGGA